GCCGACUCACUAGUAGUGACACCGUCGAAUUUGUAUAAAGAUUAAAGACGCAUAGCGACGCAUACCUAGAAUAAAGUAAAGUAUAAACUUACGUAUUACCGGUACGACCGGAAGUGGUAUCACUGGGAUGCAUGCAACUGCCGAGACAAACCGCACCCGCAGGGGGUGCCGACUGCGCAGUGCGCACACCGUCGCUUAUGGUUAGAUCCUGCGCCUCGCACCAGUCACGACUCAAAACCAUACAUGCCCGAAUGUUAGUAAGUAUCAGGUAUCUGUAUUUUUAUGCAGAAGAUGUCUAUUAAUUUGGGUGGCCCACGCAGCACAAGCACGGUAUCGUCUGCAUAAUGUCUGCAUCUACUACUAGUAACAGUCUGAACUGGUCUAUUGGAGCGUUUAGAUGCUGCUGUUAGGCUCGCAAGUCAGCUGCUGUCGACUGAUCUGCAGACAUCAUUCUAUCUCCAUUCUGGCAUUCUCCAUGCAAUGUUGCCGUUAUUAAGCAACACCAGCCGACGUGCCCUGACGAGCCUUGCAAUCUUGUCAGUCCAGGUGAGGAUUCUCUCGCGGAACGGUCGCGUAGUAGGACUGCGCAGGCGCUUCAGUCAGGAUCGGCAUGGGCCGCAUGGCACAUCAGGCGUCAGCACGGCCAGCGAGGCAGGUGCCGAUGCGCGUGGACAAGGUACUAGUACACUAAGUACAGGCAGCCGCGACUGCAGGACCGGUAGGCCGCCGGAAGUGGAUGUGGCAGGCAUCAUUCAGGCGCUGCGGGAUGACACCUACGCCUGCCACCCGACCGACCCCUUCUACUAUCCCCCCGACCCCGCCCACCGACCUCUGGACGCCGUGCAGAUGCUGGAGCAGCUGGACCCGCAGCUCGUCAUCGCGGAGCUGCGGAGCCGUAGCAGUCCGGGACAGCGGAGCGAUCUCCUGCGGGCCUGCCUGGCCUUCCUGCACCGCAAGCGCAUCGGCUGCAGCAUCCUCACCGCCACUCUGCGGGCCCCCGGCGACCUGACGAUGGCGGCCCGGCGGGCGGUGGAGACGGCAGGGCGACGGGAGGAGCAGGGCAUCGCGGUGGUGGGCCGCCUGGCGCUGGACCUGCUGGAUGAAGACGGCACGAUGUCCAGCGCGGCCGGCUGGCGUUGGAGGGCACAGGCGGCUGUCCGUGCCGCAAUCAACGAGCUACAGCCACGCACGGCCACCCCGCUACUGGAGCUGGAUAAUCAGGAGGCCGUACCGGGGCCGGGGGCUAGGCACACUGAGCACGCGCAACGGGCUGCCGGUAUCGCCUUCGUGGACGCCCUGGCCGUGUACGCCACGCUGCACGGCGUCCAGUGGGAGUGGGGCGCGGAGAGGAAGCUGCAGCAGUAUCUGCGCGUGGCGGAAUCCUUGCUGCGCAACAAGGACAUGGGCCUGGCAGCCGGCACGGUUCUCGUGCUGGGACGGCGCGACGAGUUCGGCCGAGUGUUUAGCUACGGUGCGGAUGGCUUCAGGACUCACGGGCGAUUCUUCGUCCACCACGACUGGAUGUAUUUCAGCUGCAACAGCAGUCGCGUUGCCAAUGACGCGGCCUUCAACCUGGGAGUCCAUCUGCAGCGGAAUCCGCACUUGACGGGCCAGCUGCAGGGGCCGUACCCUGUGACCAGCAAUGUGCGGGACCGGCAUGGAUCCGGCGUCUACUACGCUCUAACGGCCAGGCAGGCAUUCACCUUGGCCCCAGCGUCUUCGCCGAGGGGCAUCCGCUGCGACGACGAAGUGAUUAUCAUCGAGGCGGCCUUCCAGGACAGUCUGGCGCAGCUGCUGCUGCUGGCAUCCGACUGGCUGGGCCCCAAGACCACCGCGCAGUACUGCUUCGCAGUGAGGAUCCGGCCGGAUCGGCAGCAGUUCCGGGCCAGCCUCUUCGUCUUCCGCAAGACGGCGGAGAACAAUAUGACCGGGGAUUGGCAGCAGAUUAAUUGGCGUGAAAGCUUCCUGGACUUCUCCCCUCCCAUCCGAUCGUCCGCUCAUUUCACGGACAUUUCCGCCGAUGACGCAAACUGCAGUGCUGGCUACAAUGUCGCCGGAUACCAUCUGACCGAGGACACCGCCCAGCGUUUGCUGUCACAGAAGGAGGAGCUGCUGCGGGUGCUGGACAUGGAGCUCCUCCACCGGUGGGACAUGAACGACGCCAACGCCGACAGCCUGUCCGUCGCCUUCGACAUUGAUCUCAAGUACCCGGACGGGCAGGAGCAGACGCACGCGGUGGAUCUGGGCCUGUUUGGGAGACGGCUGAAAAACCACUGGCUUUUCCACUGGGAGCUCCUCGACACACCGCCCGAAUCACUGCGCCUCUCCCCAUUCUACGCAUUCGACAAAUCCUUCUAUCCCGAACGGCUGGAACGCCGCUGACCAGCUGUGGUCGAUGAGUGUCCAACCGAUAAGUCAUGCACGCAGAUGCGCUUGACAUGUACUGUAGCUUUUCACAGUCCUGCUAGUUAGUACAAUGCUUUCUCUCCUCGCAGGCGAUGGUCAUCAUAGAAUUACUGCGCAUUCUGUACUAGCCUGGCCGGAUGGGGG